UUCUAUCGCCACAAACGCCGCAAACUAACAAAUAUAGUAAAAAGUAUAUUCGUUUAAUUGUCUCAUAAAGUGGUGCACAAACCAUAAAUCUGAGUGUUUGAUAGCCAACGGGGCAAACGUGCAGCCGCACAGUCCAAUGUCAAGGACACUCGCGUUGCAUUAGCGGCAACGACAAGUAUAUUUACCAAAAACAAAAUAACAAAAAAAAAAAAGAAAUUCAAAUAUAUAUCCCCGCACACGCACACACGGUCAGUAGAGAGUCCUUAAGUCGAAAAGUGCUAAUCAAAAAUUGCAACGUUGGCGCCAUGUCGAACCGGAAUAGUGGCGCGUUUGCGGCCUCCGUGUUCUGCUUUAUUUUAUUGCUUUGCCUACAAAUCUCCGCCGUACGUCCAGCGAUACAUACGCGUGCCUCCUCGGCGGCCAACAGCAAUGCCAUCGAUGAAGGCGCUGCGGAGGCAGAAGAUAAUGACUCAGUGGUAGCUAAUGAGCUGCCGAUUAGAAAACAUCAGCAGCGCCAUCAGAAGCCUGCCGACGUGGUAAAAAGGGACUUUUCGGAAAAAAUGUCAUGGCAAUGUGCCAAUAAUGCCAGUUGUCUUCACACGUUAGCUAAUGACAUGAUUCUGGCUUACAAGAACGGCGAAACUAUUAGUUUGGGAUUUAUGGAUUUGGCCAAAUUACCACCGCUGGCGGAUAAGGACCGGGAAAAGUUGAAUGCGGCGGAGACGGGUCGCGGCAUUUCUAGUUUCAUCGACUUUAUUAGUGGAAAUGCAAUUCGUAUACCAGUGGGACCAAUGGUGUUUAGCGUACAACGUGCGGAGGAUGAUGGAAAUUACAUUGAAAUUGCUUUGCUGAAGAAGGCUAGCGGCGGUCAAGGUCGAGGCGGAGGUCUCGGUGGCGGUGGCGGUGGUUUAGGCGGCGGUGGUGGAGGAGGUGAUGGUAUGCUUAGCGGCUUAGCGAGUAUGGGUUCCUCGGGUAUUGGUGGUGGCGGCAAUGGCGGUGGCCUAAUGGGAGGAGGUGGGAACGGCGGGGGCGGUGGAAAUCGCGGACGUUUUCGAAAGCAGAAACAGGAUAAAAAACAGUUCCAAAUGUAUAUACCAAUGUACUUGGCGGCCACCACCUUCGGCUGGACUAUGGUAGCGGCGAAGGCAGUUGGAUUAUUGACGCUGAAGGCAUUAGCCGUUUCAAAGUUGGCAUUCAUUGUGGCGGCAAUGGUGAUUGUGAAAAAGCUGAUGGACAAUGCAUCGGAAAAAAUGAUGUAUCAAUUCCCCGAACACACACCCUACAUGAUGCCCUACAGCAUGGAGUAUGGCAUGCAUCCCGAAAUGGCAUCCGGUGGCGAAAUGUACCCAGCCGCAAUGCAAUUGGCCGCAGCGCCUAUGCAACAUCAUGGCGGUGGCCAUUCCGGACUCGAAAGCCUCUCUGCGGAGAGCUCUUUGCAUCACAACAUUGCAGAUAUGCAAAAUAAUACGCAGGUAUUGGCAGCGCUGAAUGCUGUGCACAUGGGACCGAAAGUGAAGCGGGAAGACGCAUGGUUGGGGAAGACAGCAGCUGGAGUGGGCGUGAGGCGGCCAUUGGUUUACAACUACAUACAGCCACAUCACCCAUACUAUCGCGCCUGAUACACAACACCGAAGCCUUUGUUAGCAAAAUUCGCCACAUAGAAAAUUCCGAACUUUAUUUUAGAAGUUGUAUAUGUAAUUUAUUCAACAUUCUUUGUU